UCUUCUCCCUAUAAAGAAGAAAAGAUCAGACCACAGUUCAAAGAGUAUUGAAGAAGGAAGAAACAAAAACAAAAUGGAAGCAGAGCUCACACGGGAUAACGGCUCUGCAGUUCUGGACUGGAUUCGCCGUCAACUGCUGGAGGAGGACGAUUUUGUUCUCACAGCUUCCAGAUCUCCAGCCGAAGAAGAUUCAUCAUCAUCAUCUUCUUCUUCUUCUGAGCCGCCACGGAGAGGCGCAAAUUACAAAGGAGUGAGGAGAAGACCAUGGGGGAAAUACGCCGCCGAGAUUAGAGAUCCGAACAAGAACGGAGCCAGAAUGUGGUUGGGGACCUACGAGACGUCCGAGGAGGCCGCGGUGGCAUAUGACCGGGCAGCUUUCAAGAUGCGGGGCUCCAAGGCUAAGCUUAACUUUCCUCACCUUAUCGGCAUUGACCAGGCUGAGCCCGUGAGGGUCACUCACGCCGGUUACAAACGCCAGCGUUCGUUGGAGCCCAUUUCCCAGGCAGCUAAACGGCGCAACAUAAUUAACCUAACAGCUACACUUGUUCCUUCCCUAGGAUUAGAUUUAGAGCGGUCUGUAUUACAAAAACACCUUUCAUAAUUUAUUUGUUUUCAUUC